AUGGCGACGGUGGCUAAUGAAUUCGCCACAUUGGAUGAAGGGGUGCUGCCUAUUCUUGUUGUACGGAAAAAUGGCAAAACUAUUGCGGUUGUACGCGACAACUCCCUUCAAGGCACCUUUCUUCCAUUUUAUCUCCCCACAUGCGAAACCCUACAUGUAAGUCGAACCGAAGAAUUACAGGAAGCACGCGAAAGCGGUGUGCUGAAUGUUGCGGCGGUCGAGUGGCCCGUCGUGGCAAAGCUUCGCAUGGCACUCGGUAUUUUGAAGGAGGAAAGAUAUUGGCUACUUUUUAGCCGAGGAGGGGUAAGUAACGAGGGGCUAACCAGUCACAUGUUCAAGGGAGAUGAGGAGGGUGUGCAUGACGCGGUUUCGUGGCUGUCGGGGUUUCAACUUAGCGGACCAUGCGACAUUUUACUAGCGAGUGAGCCAAGUGUCACAAACGGACCAGCAAAUGGAGAUGUCGGGCGUCUGCGUUUGAAGAAGGAGGAUGAGGAUGUGAAUGAACGUGUUGUGUUUGGCGAAUCGGCCACUGAUGUGGCACGUUACAUUGGUGAUCUUCUCCGUGCUCAUCUCUUCCAAAAUGUGACGGCGCCGACGGCGGUAUUUUGGCCGCCACAGCUGGUGCAUCCGGUAAACAUUCACUACGGCAUGGCCAACCGGCGUGUCUUGGAGCACGAUGCGCUUUUGUUACCUAUACUCUCCCUAUUCCGAGUGGAGAAGCGACUGAAAAACUGGGACGCCGUGAAGGGGCUCCAGGUGUCUGCAGGGUGUGACAUGCCUCGGACUGGCCAGGCGUGGGAGAAACAUCUGGUGCGCAACAUUCAUAAGUCUCUCAAGGAAUACAUUCCCGUAUCUGGUGGAGAGGUUUACAUAACCAGCGGGUCUUACGAUUAUUAUCAUUAUCUUAUUGAUGGCUUCAAGGACUCUGGUUGGGGUUGCGCGUACCGGAGCCUUCAGACGAUUUUGUCGUGGUUCCAAUACGAGGGACUUAUGCAAGGUGCCAUCCCAAGUAUUCACACUAUUCAAGAAAUCCUUUCCGUGAAAGACACCGAUAAGAUGAAUCGUAAAGGGUUUGUGGGGUCGAAAGAUUGGAUUGGCUCCUUCGAGAUAAUGAUUGUGUUGCAGCACUACAUUCCGGGUUUAGACUGCACCAUAAGGCGCAUGGAAAGCGGUGCUGAACUGGAAACGAACCCGGAAAUACAGGCGCUUCUUGCGGAGCACUUUAGGGGGAAAAGAUCAUGCCCCGUCAUGAUCGGCGGCAGCAGCUACGCGCACACCAUUCUUGGCGUUGAUAUGAACCUUGCUACGACGGAGGCGCGAUAUCUGAUUGCGGAUCCUCACUAUGCUAGCAAUGAAACAUCAACGAAAACUGUUGUGAGCAAGGGUUACGUGGGGUGGAAGGAGGCCAGAAACUUCUUUGAGGCGAAUAGUUGGUACAACCUAUGCAUACCACAGGUAGCCACCUUCGAUCCCCGCUGA